AAAUAAUCAUUUGGUUAUACUUUUAUAUAUCUUUUACUUUCUCAGAUUAUUAUUGUCAACAAAAUGAAACAAUUUCAAGUUUACCAAUUGCUUAUAAUGAUUUUGUUAACAAUAAAGUCAACUGUAGCUCUUAAGUUGACAAAGAAAGGUUGCGAAGAAAAGUGUGGGGAGGUUGGGAUUCCAUUUCCUUUCGGAAUUGGAGUCAGUUGUUCUUUGGACAAACGGUACAAUGUAGAUUGCAACUCAUCGAAACCAUAUCUGUCUGCAUUCGACAACGUAGAAGUACUGAAUAUAAGCUUACAACAACAGACGAUCACGGUUAAUGUCUCAAUGACUUUUGACUGCCAGAAUCGAGUUUUGAAUAGUAGUCAGAUCUUAAUUAGCACCAUCAACCCUGGCAGCAGUGUGAGUAGUCCCUUCUUAUUUUCGAGUUUGCAUAAUAUAUUUGUCGUUGAGGGGUGUGGCAAUGCUGUCAUCACGGAAUUUGGGAAAACUGUCACAGGAUGCUCAACAACUUGCCACAACGACACGUUUAUUGACAGGAACAACUGCUAUGGCAUGGGUUGUUGCCAAGCAACGGUUCCUUAUUAUCUUGAUCAGUUCACCUUGAAUCUAACAAGCCUGGAAAGGAGCAGUGCAGACGGAACCUGUGGGUCUGCCUUUUUGGUGGAUAAGGAUUUGUUUUCUAAUGGAAACUUUUAUCGCCAUUCUAUUGAUGGGAACCUCUAUUUUGUUCCGAUAUCACUUUUCUGGCCCAUAACAAUGGAUGACAUUCCAUCUUAUGAGCGUCAGGAGUGUGGACAGAUCUCGUAUCAUGAUAAUUCGUUAGAGGAUUCAUAUAUUAGAUGCCAGUGUGAUGUAACACAUGAAGGAAACCCAUAUCUACCAAAUGGGUGCAAAAAAAAUGAGGAAUGUAAAAAUUGUGAGCGCAACGGGCAUGUUUGUGGAAGCAGGCCAAGCAUAUCCUCUGAUGAGGAAACCAUGGAAUUGCCCGUAGUACUGUAUUGUGACGUUGACCGUUCCUCUACCCACAUACCAUUAGGUGGUAUUCUAGGUGUUAGCGCAAGCAUUGGGUUGUUUAUCCUAGUGGUGUUUAUCUGUUCAUUGAACAACAUAAUCAAGAAAACAAUUGACAAGAGGCGGAGAAAGAAGUUUUUUAAACGCAAUGGUGGGCUACUUCUUAAACAACAAGAGACGACAGAUACUGGCUUAGUUGAUAGAACCAUACUUUUCACAUCCAAAGAGUUGGACAAAGCCACUGACCAUUUUAGUGAGAACAGAAUUCUUGGAUGUGGAGGUCAAGGUACAGUAUACAAAGGCAUGCUAACAGAUGGGAGAAUUAUUGCAAUCAAGAAAUCAAAGGGGGUCGAUGAAAGCCAAAUAGAGCAGUUCAUCAAUGAGGUUGUCAUACUUUCUCAAGUUAAUCAUAGGAAUGUGGUCAAACUAUUGGGAUGUUGUCUAGAGACAGAGGUCCCACUGCUCGUCUCUGAGUUCAUUUCAAAUGGCACCUUGUAUGACCUUAUUCAAGAUGAGAGUGGCGAGUUCCCAAUGUCUUUGAACACGAGAAUACAAAUCGCUGCAGAGGUUGCAGGAGCACUUGCUUACUUGCAUUCAGCAACCUCCAUUCCAAUAUAUCACAGGGACAUCAAGACAACGAAUAUACUUAUGGACGAAAAGUACAGAGCCAAAGUUUCUGACUUCGGAACUUCAAGGUUUGUAUCAAUAGAUCAAACUCACUUAACUACCCUAGUAAAAGGGACAUUUGGUUACUUGGAUCCAGAGUACUUUCAGUCUAGUCAGUUCACUGAAAAGAGUGAUGUCUAUAGUUUCGGAGUGGUUUUACUUGAACUCUUAACAAGAGAAAAGCCAAUUUCAUUGUCUAGAUUUGGUGAACAUAGAAAUUUAGCUACAUAUUUUAUUUCUGGCAUGGAAGAAGGUCAUGUGAUGUCUAUAUUUGACCCUAUGGUUGUUAACGAGGGUUCAAGUGACGAGCUUUUGGCAAUAGCUAAUUUGGCAGUUCGAUGUUUGAAUCCCAACGGAAAAAAUAGGCCAACAAUGAAAGAAGUAGCCUCAGAGUUAGAAGGCAUGAGAAUACGGCGUAUGCCUUUACCUGUUCAAGCGAGUAUUGAACACACAAAUUACAGCGAGGAGCUACCGCUAUCUGCAUAUGAUACGUCGACAUCAACAACGAUGAGUUUCAAAGACAGCAUUACUGAAUGAUUCAUAUUAUAAGUUAAUGAUUGUCAUACAUAUUAUAUGUUUGAACUAUAAGUUAAUAUUUGAUUAAGUCUUGAUUUCUCACAUUGUACUGUUCUAUUAAGCCAACAUGCUACAUGUCCAUGAUUGAUUACAAUUUAAAGAUGUGCCUUUAUCCA